CUGUCACUUCAAGGUGACCCCAGUCGGGCGCAUUUGACAUUUCGUCACUAAUUUUAUUUUCAUUCGAAUGCCGUACCCGCGUACGCAUGUAUUAUGCCGGACUCUGAAAUAACUUCCAAAAACGUAUUUUGUGAAUAAAACAACCUUACGUUGCGAUAUAAGUGAACUUUUAUGUGAUUUUGCUGUGUUUUGCGGUAUAUUUUAGUGUCCACUAUAGUACAUUUGGUUUCUUUUGAGGCAACAUGUCGCGCGACAGGACGUCACGCCGGUUCUACCGGGCGGAUUCGACGCAUGAUCUCAUGUCGUUCAUGGACAGGGGGCAGGCGGCAAGCGAUGAGAACAGAUGGACCUUCGAGACAGCAUGGGAGGCAGCUAAUAAAGUUGGUGGCAUUUACACUGUGAUAAGGUCGAAGGCGUAUGUGUCCACUGAGGAAAUGGGUGAAAAUUACUGUCUGCUUGGUCCGUACAAAGAGCAGUGCGCCCGCACCGAAGUGGAGGAGGCGGAGUUCCCUCCCAACUCGCCCCUCACCGCCGCCGUCAACGCCAUGCGAAGUCAAGGAUAUAAGCUCCACACAGGCACGUGGCUAGUGGACGGCAACCCCCAAAUCAUCCUGUUCGACAUCGGCUCCGGCGCAUGGCAACUGGACGCGUACAAGCAGGAGCUGUGGGACACUUGCUCGCUGGGCAUCCCGCACCUGGACGUAGAGGCCAAUGACGCGGUCAUCCUCGGCUUCAUGGUGGCGCAAUUCGUCACUGAGUUCAGAAAUGCGGCCGAGGGCUACAGCGACACGCCGCCGCGCGUCGUGUGCCAUUUCCACGAGUGGCAGGCAGGCAUCGGACUCAUUGUCUUGAGAGUUCGUCACGUAGAUGUCGCCACUGUGUUCACGACGCACGCCACGCUGCUCGGCAGAUAUCUGUGCGCUGGCAACACAGACUUCUACAAUAAUUUAGAUAAGUUCUCUGUGGACGAGGAGGCGGGUAAGAGGCAGAUAUACCACCGCUACUGCAUGGAGCGUGCCGCCGCGCACAUGACGCACAUCUUCACCACCGUCUCCGACAUCACAGGUUACGAAGCCGAGCACCUGCUGAAGCGCAAGCCGGACAUCAUCACCCCCAACGGGCUCAACGUGAAGAAGUUCUCCGCACUCCACGAGUUCCAGAACCUGCACGCCCUCGCCAAGGAGAAGAUCAACGAGUUCACCAGGGGACAUUUUUAUGGUCACUUCAACUUCGAUUUAGACAAGACGUUGUAUUUCUUCAUCGCGGGCCGCUACGAGUUCGGGAACAAGGGCGCGGAUAUAUUCAUCGAGGCGUUGGCACGACUUAACCACUAUUUAAAGUCGUCAGGUUCCGAGAUGACGGUGAUAGCGUUCCUGAUCUUCCCGGCGAAGACGAACAACUUCAACGUGGAGAGUCUGCGCGGCCACGCCGUCACCAAGGCGCUGCGGGACACCAUACACGACAUACAGCAGAAGGUCGGCAAGCGGAUGUACGACAUAUGCCUCAGAGGUCACCUGCCUGACGCGUCGGACCUGCUCCACAAGGACGACACGGUCCGCCUCAAGAGGUGCAUCUACGCGCUGCAGAGGGACGGCCUGCCGCCCAUCACCACGCACAAUAUCGUGGACGAUUGGACUGAUCCGGUUCUGAAUUCCAUCAGGAGAUGUCAGCUCUUUAACACAGUUAACGACAAAGUUAAGGUAAUCUUCCACCCCGAGUUCUUGACGUCCACGAACCCUCUGUUCGGUCUGGACUACGAGGAGUUCGUGCGCGGCUGCCACCUCGGCGUGUUCCCCUCCUACUACGAGCCCUGGGGGUACACGCCCGCGGAGUGCACCGUCAUGGGCAUCCCCAGCAUCACCACCAACCUCUCAGGUUUCGGGUGUUUUAUGCAAGAGCACAUAGCCGAUCCAAUGUCUUACGGCAUCUACGUGGUGGACCGGCGGUACAUAUCGCUAGAGGGGUCCGUGCAACAGCUCGCGCAGUACAUGUUUGAUUUCACCAAACUAACUCGGCGGCAGCGUAUCAUCCAAAGGAACAGAACUGAACGUCUCUCUGAUCUCAUGGACUGGAGGAAUUUGGGCAUUUACUACCGGCAAGCCCGUGCGCAGGCGCUGAAGAUCGUGUACCCUGACUACGUGGACCACAUGGACCAGGAGUUGGAGAAGCGCUUCAACUACCCCAGGCCCAUAUCUGAACCGCCCAGCCCCACGCAUUCCAGAGGUACAACGCCCGCCGCUUCCGUGCACGGUUCAGACGAUGAAGACGAAGUCGACGAGGAGAAGGAACUAGCGGAAUUGAGGAUCACGGAUAAAUAACUAUAAUUAUAAUCUAUUUAGUAGUCGAGUCUGAAUGCUUACGAAGUUUGUCAUCUCCCACAGGAACUGGCGCUGGGAUAUCAUCCCGAUAAAUAGAGAAUCUUGGCUAUCUAUAAGUGAAAGUUUCAUCAAAUGUUCAGUAGUUUCUAUUUUGUAAUGUUGAAGUAUUGUCACUUAAUACUGUUGGAUAUAAUUUACAUACAGCCUUUCGAAAUAAAUCAAGAUAUGUUUUAAAUUAAUAACUAUUUAAAUUGUCCUAUUGGUUAAGACUGCCGAAGCUUGUUUACUUUAUUAUAGCAUAGGUGUAGACCGAAUUUCUUUCCUAUUCAAGUAAGAUUGGAAACUUUUCUAUCUAAGAAAUACCUCUUAUAAAAUCAUUUAAAGUUCACAGGCUUCCAUUGCACUAAGAUCACGGCGUGAUGAUCAGUUCCUAUUAUUUGAUUUCGAUCAAUAUUUUAUGUGUUACAGCAAAUAAUUUGUGAGAAGCAUAUUACAAAUUGCUAGAAAAAUGGGUAAUUUAAAUAUUGGCACGAUAGUGGGUAGGUAGUGGGAGCGUCUAACUAUCUCUCUCGCACAUUGUAUUUUCGAUGACGUCGUACGUGCAUAAUUACCUGUCAUAAUACUCAUCAGGUUGUUAACUUACAAGGUAUUUUAUUAUGUUUUUUUUUUAUUAUUUGUUUAGAUUCUGGGUAUUUAUUUUCAAUUUUAGGCAGCUACUCGACUGCGCUAUCUAAACCUUGUAUGUAUUUUUUUAUUUAUCUUUUCUUUUUCAUGAUUAUUUCCUUUUUAUGUUAUAUAAUUGUAUGCCUAAUAUGGGUUCCAUAAUUUUUCUUUUUCAUAUACAGGUUGAUUAUAUUAUUUUAAAAUUAAAUUGUAUACAGAUAUUACGUUUUUUAAAUUCAAUUUUGAUGGACCUCUUACAUAUUUAUAGAUAGCCAAAAUACCGUGUUCACUUGUUUGGCAUAUUUUGAUGCGCGUUCAGCAUU